CUAGGCGAGGGAGACAGACGGGCCGCACGCAGACACUGCGGCUGCCGGCAACUUUUUUUUCCUUUAUUUUUAUUUUAAUUUCCAUUUGUUAUCAAAACUACCCUAAAUUAUUUCACCAAACUUUCUUUUACUCUGUCAACUCACUAUAGAAAGAGGCGCGGUCACCAGUCGCGUUAGCCUGUCCGGAGCGAGAACCGGAGAUUGAAGAUUUCGUCCGACUUUUUAGAGGAGACUCGACUCCCUGUCCACCGCCGCCGUCAAGUUUUAGUAUGUUUUUUCCAUUUUGCUUUAAACUUUAGACUCCGCGAAUCCCGGGACGUUUGUUUUGUUAUCAUUUUGGUUUUAGAAAAGUAUUAGGCUAUUUGCUGUGCGAGGAUUUUUUUUUUUUUUUUAAAGACAGCGCCCCCACCCAACUUUUUCCUUUUUACUACCCCCUGCACCCCCCAAAGCCUGGCAUUGCCGUGUCCCGUCCGUCCGAAUCUGAUGACAGGGGGUCAGUACCAGGUCACUGAAAGGGGUGGCUGUAAUAAGUUUACUUUUUGUUUUCUAUACUUCAUACUGGUUAGAUAGGUUCAAUUAACUAUAGCGUACUGGACAUGGGCAUUAUUAAACCGGAUUGAGUGUCAGAAGAAAAGUCAAACAAAAGAAAAGAGGCUGUCCUCCAUUUCUGAGAAGGUUUUCAUCAUCACAGUGUUCUGACUGCCCCACCCCAUGACCAAGAUGGCCUCCGCCUCUGUAAAGGUGGCGGUGAGGGUUCGGCCCUUCAACUCCCGCGAAACAAGCCGCGAUGCCAAGUGUGUCAUCCAGAUGCAGGGCAGCUCCACCUGCAUCUCAAAUCCCAAGCAAUCCAAAGACGCGGCCAAGAACUUCACAUUUGACUACUCGUACUGGUCGCACACAACGCCGGAGGACCCAAGCUUUGCCUCACAGAGGCAAGUGUAUUUGGACAUAGGGGAGGAGAUGUUGCUGCACGCGUUUGAAGGCUACAAUGUCUGCAUAUUUGCCUACGGGCAGACGGGCGCUGGCAAAUCCUACACAAUGAUGGGCAAACAGGAGCCUGGCCAGCAGGGCAUCAUCCCGCAGCUUUGUGAAGAUUUGUUCAAACGCACAUUGGAGAACGCCAGCCCAGACUUGUCUUUCUCUGUGGAGGUGUCCUACAUGGAGAUUUACUGCGAGCGUGUGCGUGACCUUCUCAACCCCAAAAGCAAGAGCUCCCUCAGGGUGAGAGAGCACCCCAUCAUGGGCCCCUACGUGGAGGACCUCUCCAAGCUGGCUGUUACCAACUUCAACGACAUCGCCGACCUCAUGGACUGUGGUAAUAAGGCCAGGACGGUGGCGGCGACCAACAUGAACGAGACGAGCAGCCGAUCCCACGCCGUCUUCACCAUCGUCUUCACUCAGCGCCGACACGACCAACUGACCAACCUGGACACAGAGAAGGUCAGUAAGAUUAGUCUCGUCGACCUGGCAGGAAGUGAGAGAGCCGAUUCUUCAGGGGCGAGAGGCAUGAGAUUAAAGGAAGGAGCCAACAUCAACAAAUCCCUGACCACGCUGGGGAAGGUCAUCUCGGCCCUGGCUGAAAUGCAAAGCAGCAAGAAGAGGAAGUCUGACUUCAUCCCCUACAGGGACUCUGUGCUGACCUGGCUCCUGAAGGAGAAUUUGGGUGGGAACUCUCGCACUGCCAUGAUUGCAGCCCUCAGCCCAGCAGAUAUUAACUAUGAGGAGACACUCAGCACUCUGAGGUACGCUGACCGAGCGAAACAGAUCCGCUGCAACGCCGUGAUCAACGAGGACCCCAACGCCCGGCUGAUCCGGGAGCUGAAGGAGGAGGUGAACCGCCUGAGAGACCUGCUGUUCUCCCAGGGCCUGAGCACAGAGCUCCUCACUGCACCAGGCAACGAGGUGAACAACAACAACCGUGUGACAGCAUUGGGCGUGGCCACCCCUCCCCCAGGCCCCAGGACCGCCAAUGAUCAGGCCGUGCCCUCCCAGGAGCCCCCCGCCCCUGGGUCAGACCACGCCCCCGAGUGUGACCCCAGCACCGCCGAAAUAAUAACCCUCACCCCCUCAGACUCCGACGAGUUCGCCCCCCCGGAGGAGCCAAUCAGCAAGGAGGAGGCCGUGGAGCGGCUGAAGGAAACGGAGAAGAUAAUCGCCGAGCUGAACGAGACAUGGGAGGAGAAGCUGAGGAAGACAGAGUCCAUGCGGCUGGAGAGAGAGUCCCUGCUGGCCGAGAUGGGAGUCUCCAUUAAGGAGGACGGAGGGACAGUGGGAGUCUUCUCUCCCAAAGGGACGCCCCACCUGGUGAACCUGAACGAGGACCCCCUGAUGUCUGAGUGCCUGCUGUAUUACAUUAAGGAGGGAGUGACCAGGGUGGGACAGAAGGACGUGGACAUCCGCCUGAGCGGCCAGUGCAUCAAAGAGCAGCACUGCGUCUUCUACAGCCAGGCCAACGACAGCGGAGAGGUGGCCGUGACCCUGGAGCCCCUGGAGGGAGCCGAGACCUAUGUCAACGGGAAGCAGAUCACCGAGCCCCUAGUGCUCAAGCAAGGUAACCGCAUCGUCAUGGGGAAGAAUCACGUGUUUCGCUUCAACCACCCGGAGCAGGCCCGUCUGGAGCGGGAGCGCAGUGCCUGCAUGGACCAGCAGGGGGAGCCGGUGGACUGGAACUACGCCCAGAAGGAGCUGCUGGAGAAACAGGGGAUCGACAUCAAGCUGGAGAUGGAGAAGAGGCUGCAGGACGUGGAGACUCAGUACCGCAAAGAGAAGGAGGACGCUGACUUGCUGCUGGAGCAACACAGACUGUAUGCAGACUCGGACAGUGGAGACGACUCAGACAAGCGCUCGUGUGAGGAGAGCUGGAGGCUCAUCUCCUCCCUCAGAGAGAAGCUGCCCGCCAACAAGGUGCAGUGCAUAGUGAAACGCUGCGGGCUGCCCAGCAGCGGGAAGAAGCGGGAGCCCCUGCGGGUCUACCAGAUCCCCCAGCGCCGCCGCAUCAGCAAGGACCCCAAGCGCGUCACGCUGGCCGACCUCAAGAUGCAGGCCGUCAAGGAGAUCUGCUACGAGGUGGCGCUGGGAGACUUCCGCCACUCGCGGCAGGAGAUCGAGGCGCUGGCCAUCGUCAAGAUGAAGGAGCUGUGCCGCAUGUACGGCAAGCGGGACGGGCAGGAGCGCGACACCUGGCGCGGCGUGGCGCAGGACGUGUGGGACACCGUGGGCAUCGGCGAGGAGCGGGGCCCGGCCGAGGAGGGAGGUGGAGGGAGCGAGGGCGAGGGGGGCAAGGCCGGCGUGUACGACCUGAAGGCUCACAUCGACAAGCUGACGGACAUCCUGCAGGAGGUGAAACUGCAGAACAACAUGAAGGACGAGGAGAUCCGCUCGCUGCGAGACCGCAUGGUGAAGAUGGAGAGCAUCAUCCCCGGGGUGGGACCGCAGGACGAGGGCUCUCUGGAGGACCUUGUGAUGGAGAACGGAGAGGGAGGCGCGCCCCGGAGCGGGGCGGAGGGCGACGAGCAGGAGGGGGCCCCGAAGGAGGUGCGGGUGAGCAAGCUGAUGGAGGAGGACCCGGCGUUCCGCCGGGGGCGCAUGCGCUGGCUGAAGCAGGAGCAGACGCGUCUGCAGAACCUGCAGCAGCAGCAGAUCACCAAGCGUCUGCGCAGGGGCGGGGGCCCAGCCGGCCCCGAGCCCGGGGUCCACCUCCCCGGCACCGGCCGCUUCAUCCCGCCCCAGGACUGCAAGCUCAAGUUCCCCUUCAAGAGCAACCCCCAGCACCGCUACUCCUGGGGCCCGGCCACCGCCUUCAUGCUGGGGAUGGGGGCGGGCGAGGAGGGCCAGGCGGAGGGAGGAGAAGAAGGAGGAGGAGGAGGUGCGGUUGAGCUGGUGCUGGGAGAUGGAGACACACAGAGCCAGGCUAGCGGGAAAAGCACGCCUUCGCCCCCUCCCCCUCCCCCCACCAUGCCCCUGCUGCCCCUCCCCUUCCCGCUGCCCAUGCACGUGCCCGUGAUCAUGGGCCCCGGGGUCGGCGGGAACCACCGCAUGCGCACGCCCAGCCCCAACCGGCCCUGGCAACAGCGCAACUACAACAACGGCAACCAAGGCAACCACUUUCCCCAGCAACAGCCCCAGCCCCAGCCCCGGCGAUACAGGAGAAACUCCAUAGACGGCUCCACCGGCCCCAACAACCCCAGUAACCACAGCAACAGCCCCAACGGCUCCCCCAACAGCCCCAACCACCAGGGGCGGCCGCGCUACCGCCGGCAGUCCUCAAACCCGGGGCAGGAGCGAGACGGGCACCCCCGGCCCCGGGAAGGGGGCUACCCCGACCAGCGCAAACCCGGGUACCACCAACACUACCACCACCCCUACUACAACCAGCAGCCGCAGUACAACCAACCCGGCCCCCAGGAGAGGCCCGGCGGGGGCUGGGGGGGAAACCCCAAAUUCCAGGGCUACACCACCCCGCCCCGGAUGCGCCGGCAGUUCAGCGCGCCAGACCUGAAGAGCAGGGAGACCCCGGUCUGAGAGCGGCUCCGCCGGUCCUCUGUGGAGGACACUGUUCCCCGCUCACGUCCCUGACGCAGGAGACUCCGUUAUUACUGUCCUGAUUCACACCGUUAUUACCGAGAGCGCUCUGUGACUUACCCCCGCCUCUGUUCGACUUACAUACUGUAUACACCAUUUCUCUCUCCCUCCAUCCCUCCAUCCCUCUCUCUGUUUAGGGCCCAGCUGUGAGCUUUUGUAUUAAUUGGCAUUAAUGCCGGCCUGCGCGGGACAUGGCAUUGUUUAUGUCCGUUUUAAGACCAAGCCGGCCUGGUAAAUGAGUGAACAAGUGUUUUCCGAAGACAUAGGUAGAAGAACUGCACCCCAGGUGCAUUAAUGCUAAAUAGUGCUGACGUGCCAUGGGUCCAAUGGGCCAGUGCAUACUCCUGGGUUUACACUAAAGACUGAUUUGAUACUGAAUUGUGGAAUCAUCAGUUUGGGUUAGGCUCAUCAAUACACAACACAAAGGAAGGCUUCAGGAACAAUCAUUGUUGUAUUCUUGGACCAGAGAAAUUCUUGUUGAACGCGUGUCACUUAUAGCGAGAACACGCAGUUACUUGGUUAUCACCCUGUAUGAGCAAUACCACUGACAUGCACAGUGAGCACAGGACAGUAAUCAUGAUAUUGCUGGGCCUUAACUACAAUACCCAUGCAUACACACCCCUUCCUCCUGUUCCCCACACCCUUGACAAUAACGGGAGUCCGACAUUAUAUUUCACUCUAUGAAUGAAGUAGAGUGGUCAAGCAGAAGUGCUGGUGUAUGCUGACAAAUGUUUUUGUUUUUUUGUCCCCCCCCCCCCCCCCCCCCUCCCCACAUGCACAGAAUUUAUAUAUAUAUAGCUAAUAAGUAUGGGAGAUGUUCACAUCUGUCGGAGUGCUGUGUCUGUAUAUGCGUUUGUGUGAGAUGUGCAAGUCUACCGCAGGCUGCUGUAGGAUACCGUGGAGGGGAGAGAAUUGGGACGGGUGGGUAAAUUAACAUUAGCUACUGAAACACCCAAAGAAAUUUGUGUCCGGUGUCGGAGAAACUCGGGCGUCCCCCCAAGAGCGGCGAGACCAGCCGGGUUGGCUUCGGCACCGGAGCGUACGUGGUCUCUUAACUGUACCGUGAUGCUGUUUUCCUCUUGAGUUGCUGUUGAUAUUUUUUUUUUUUUUUUUUUGUUCUUUUUCUUUCUUUUUUUUAAUUAUUUUUUUUUUUGACUGUUUUGAGAGUGACACAGCCUCCACAUUGCUCUGGGAGGUCUAGAAAUACUGUAUUUGGUGACGGUAAAGAUGGAGGUGUUGGAACCGGGGUCAUGAAAUGGGUGCCUUUCCAUCCCGGGUGUUUUCACUUCAUUGGUCCCAUCAGCCCCCACCACAACUAUCACGUGUAACUGACUUCAGCCCAUGAGAGCACCUUGCAACACUAACGCCGUUAAGCUCAGAUCAUUUCUGUUUGCUGUUAGGGUUUUUUGUUUUUUUUUAAUCCAUAAAUGAUUUAAUCAUUAUUAGCUGUUCAUUUUUAUGUUGCUGGAUUGAAUUUGUGGGCCGAGGGUGUUGAUAAAUUAAGCGAUUUAUAAACUGUAUUUUCUUCUCUUUUUUUUUUUUUUUUUUUUUUUUUAUGGAAAUUUUAAUUCGUGUGUCAUAAUCGAGGAGUUACUCGCGGCCAUGAUGGAAGUGGUGUGAAGCGUGUUCUGUGUACCCUUCGUGCGCUGCUACCCGGGAGAGGAAGAGGAGCAGGCUAACGAAAGUGGAAGAGGGACCCUUUUACUGUGUGUCUACGGUGUGCAUGUGGGUCUCCUCUCCCACAAUGGGGGUGUUAUGUUACUGCUCAUAAUUAGGGCAGGAUGACCUUGUUCUUUCCCCCAUUUUAACAACACUACAAUGGGAGAUGCUGUGAGGCGAGGACUUCCCCUCUCAGUAAUGACCGACGUAUACUUUAAACCACUGCCGUUUGUUUUACAUACGAGCUGAAGGAUGAGAUUCAACAGCUGUCGAGUAAGUGGAUGAUUGUUUGAGAGCACAGUAGUGGUUACUGGUUAAGGAGGGGGAGGGGUUGCAGGAAAACGGAGAGGGUUGAAGUUAAACGCCUAUAUUCUGAAACAUGUACUCACUGGUGUUUUACAGUCGGAAUGCAGCAGCGUGUGCUGUUCACUGAUGGGGUCUGAGGAGGGCUGAGCAGGGAUAGGGCAGCUGUGUGCUCCACUGUACAUGGAGCUCGCUAACUGCGCUAACUGCUCUCCAAAGCAGGAGGCAAUGGCAGUGAGCUCGCUAACUGCGCUAACUCCACUCCAAAGCAGGAGGCAAUGGCUGUGAGCUCGCUAACUGCGCUAACUGCACUGCCCAAAGCAGGAAGCAAUGGCAGUGAGUUUGCUAACUGCACUGCCCGUGCAGGAUGGCAUGUGUUAGCUCGUUGUCCACUGCCACACGACACGGGCAAGGCUCUGUUUUACACUAUCCAAAGGGAAAAGGUACCGUUACGGAGAGCAGUCUGAGCAGCAGAUGGCAAUGAUCUGUACCAGCAUCAGAAAGCAGGUGGAAACCUACAGAGAGAGAUAAGUAGAGAAGUACAUGCAGGGUGUGAAAGUGGCUGUUGAGCGUAUUGUAAACCAAAUUCAGUUGUCUUUUAACAUGGGUAACAGCAACCCUUUUGGCGUGCGUUUUAGCUUGUGAAAUCGUGGGGUAUUUUUUAUCAGUGUUCCUAGGUAGUUGAUGCUUCCUAAAUUCUUAAUAAUUUCCUCUUAUUACUAAAACGAGGCGCUCUCCAGUGUUUUCUAAAGAUUUUUCCUGGACUAAGGAGCCAGAAAGUGAAGCGCUUCGCUCCGUAGCUUGGAUCUUACUCUCUGCGCCUGGAAUUGAAUCAGAGCUUGAGAGCAGAGAUCAUAAGGAGGGUGGGGAGGACGCUGAGAGAAAAAGGAUGUCGGUGCUGAGAAAUGAGACCGGACCCGUGUAUCCUCAAAGGUACAGUGCCAUACGCUUCUCAUUAGUUUGGUUUGUGGUCCCUGAAGGAACCAGAGGCAGCCGCCUCCUGGCCCCGAAUGUAACUGGGAGGGUUUAGCGCAUUAACGAGCCGGGUAGUCAUUAGAACGUGUCAUAGGCAAGGUUAGUCAUUGGUCAGCGAACGUGAAAUGAGUCGGAAAGAGCGGCGUUUGGGGGAGACGAGGGGCGGUGAAUUGAGAGUUGAAAGGUAGAGCGGGUAAAAUGAGUUUUUCGCACACCCUGCAGGAGUAUCCCCUAUUAGAUCAUUUCUGUAGGAUUGUCAAAUCUGUGGGUCUGAAAUCGCUUGGCCGAGGAGUGCAGAGGUUUCAUUUAGGACUGCGAUGAAGGUCUGCCUGAUGCAGCUGAGGUUUGAAUUUAGGAACACAGCUCGUUUAGGAGUCCCCCUGAAGUCACAAAUGGUCAGCAGCAAUGGAUGAAGUUCCAGUUCAGCCACAGAAAUGAUAGCAGAGGUGGACUUUACAUGUAUGUGGAUUUUUCUAUCCAAAAUCCUCCAGUAGCCCAGGCUACUACUUUCCAUUUCCUCUGGAGGUAUUCUUAAAUUACCAAGAAUUUAUUGAUUAUUUGUUUCCAACAAACUGGAAAGCCUGUAGUGGCUCCAUGAGUCAUUUGGAUGAAAAAUUUUACUUGGAGCAGCACGGUGAAGAAACAUAAAAACAUAUCCACCAUUGUGUAAUGUGAGCCUGGGAAUUCACCCAUAGGGUCAGGGUUUUCUGUGACCCCAUGGUGCAUGGCUCUUUCUGACUCCUAAACCAAUUUCCUGUUACAGAAAGAGAAGCUUUAAAAAAAGUCAUUUUUGAAUUUAACAUUUUUAUUUGUAAGAUGCGGUAUGUUAUGCUGGGGUUAUGUUAGCUGGGAUUUUGUUACUCUAUUACUCAGUGACUCACUACUGGGCCUCAAACAAGCAUCAGGCAAAACUGCAUGGAGUGAGAGCUCCAGAAGGAAAGCUCGAGUAGGACUUUAACCUUUACUUUCUGACUGGAUGAAGGAGGGUCCACUGGGAGUGGGUUGAGGUUUUCCCCCCCCAUCAAUGAAUCAGUAGGAGAAUGCAGUGCUAAUCUGAUCAUUUGAACCCAACGGGAAUGAGUCGUAUGACUUGAGACCAUGGACAUUUGCUGUUACCAGGUGAAUGAGACACACAGCUAAGACAAACAGAAGGAGACGGAAAUCGAUGUGGGCAAAUGUUUGGAAUUGAAACUGCUGCCCCACAUAAACAAAAAAAUGCAACUUCACAGAUGCAAUGGAGGAAGGACGUUAAUGUAUUGCUAUACUGCAGUGAACGAAGUGAGUUUUCUUUUACAUUUUCGGUUUUUUAUUUUAUUUAGGACAAUCUAUUACAGUGUGUUUCUGAAUUUCUGGGUUUGUGCUUAUUUUUGUUCGAUUCUUCCUCCUUGCCUUCAUGUUUAACUUGCAGCACCCCGAUAUCAGAUUUUACUCCAAUUUACUUUGUGUGUUUUUCGGUGUUUUUAAUAUAUUAGUGUUCUCUCUUACCCUGCGUACCUCCAUGUUAUGAUCAGUAAUUUCCCAUAUACUCUGCUGUCACUACUUCACUCACCCAGCGCAUGGGAAGCUGCUACGGAAACCAGCGUUUCCUUACUUUGUUCCCUGCCUGGGUCCUGACUGCCCGAGGGGUGCCUACAACUGGGGUUUAAAGCAAAUGAAAGGAUCAUGUGUUCAAAAGAAUGAUAAAAGAAGUAUAAAAACAAUUGCCUUGAUGGUUUGGCUUCAGGUCUUUGAGAGAAGGCCUUGCUUAUGACUGAACUGAAUCAUUUAUCCCCCUCAGUUCUGUGUUGUUUUGAGGUUGUCUGCUUGCCGCCAUUUUGUUUGGUUUUCCUUGACUAUGAAUGGAACCAGUGAAACCCACCUCCUUCUUGCCUAACUUGUACUAAGCCUCAUGCCUUGAACCAGACCUCUGGUGGACAGAACCCACAAAAUGGUCUUGCUCUUCUUUUUUUUAAGUUGACCUUUCACUUAUUUGUUUUUCUCAAUUGGGAAAGACUGGGAAAGGCACAACUCUAUAAGUUGAUGGUAACCCAAGCUUGAAAACAUGAAAAUUAAAUAAAGGAAUAUAAAAAAAUGACAAAUCAUGAACUUUGCAUUUGUAUUUCCAGAAUGGUCUUUAGGACACAGCUGAACUACAUCUGAAUGUCCCUUAUUUUGCACUGGAAAGGAAUGCUAUUGUGAGUUUAUAGUUAUGUUUUUAAAAAGAUGCCUUCCUCUGCUAUACAGGAACCGCAGGAGUAGACAGCAGUGUGGGAAGGGAGAUUAAAAGAUCGUAAAGAGGACUCCUGCGCUUAAAUGCCCCAGGAAAUAAGCUCUGCAAACAUCUUUUAGCUUGGCUGUGGGGAUGCAUUUCACCAGCAGGAAUAAUGGAAAUUAAAAAUAGGGAAGAGCCCAUCUGCUGCCCCUAUUAGCAGCGAGCAAUAGGCAGCUGCAGUUCAAAAGGGCAAAGGUCUUUCACCCAGGAUUAAAUGUGUAUGAUAUCUAAGCGGGGAUACAUGAUCUGUUUAAGCCUAGAUAGGUUUAAUUUUUUGAACCAUAGUGCAUUGCCUUAGUGGACAUAUUAAUAAUACAGCCUUUAUGUACCGAGAUAUGAAGGAUGGGUCAUGUUUUAUGCGGUCCUCUGUAUGCACAUUCAGUAGAUGCAAGGUCUGAAGUCUUAAUUUCAUACAACCAAAGGAGUGUAGUAGGAAGGGUUUGUUGCACCAGUUAUAUUGUAUGUCUUUAGCUCCUUUAUCUACAUUUUUCCAAUACAAUUGAACAUUUUAUUGAGCAAGAUUUCCUUAUUGGGAUUCAUAAUCUCCUUCAGAGAUCUGACCAAGGGAGUACAGUAGCUCAAAAUUAACACUAUGCAAUGAGACUUGUAACGCACAAUAAAAAAUACAGUUACACAGUUCCAACAA